AUGGGAUAGGCUUGCUCAAAUUGCUAAACUAACUAAGAUGAAGUCUUCAAUACUAAUUGCAUGGGAGCGAAGGAAUGGUGUGGAGUUACAAGAAAUGUUUAUUCAGAAUAUAGUGAGUCAAGGAAUGAUGAUUUAUCAGUGCAAAUAUCGAUCAGAGACAUACAGAGGUAGAACGAACCUCCCCCAGAUUCUUUCUACUCUGAUUAAAUAAAGAAACCUCCUGGGAUAUUUUCGAUAGACAAUCCAAAUUAUUACUAAGAAAAAGAUGAUGAUUCAUUUGUAGUAAAGAGUAGAGGAAAGUCAGGGAAUUAAAGAGUGAGUCAUAAACUAAGUUCAUCAUCUAGAAAUAACUCAAUCGGAAAUACUUAGUUAAAGAGUAAAAACAAGUUGUCGAAAGUAAAUUCAACAAAUCAAACUUUUCAAUAUAAUAAUAUCAAUACUAACACGAUGACAAAACCUGGUGAUAGUACGAAGAAGUUGACAAGUAGGGAUCUGAAUCCCUAGUAUGAUAGUAAAAAUAUGGUCUAUGUUGAGGAGAUCACUCUUAUUGAUUAGAGUUUAUAUACUGGCUAUAUGAAAAAGGCACCAAAUGGCUAUGAGGUUGUAAAGCACGGUAAAGGGAAGCAAGUAUGGAAGGAUGGAGCAAAGUAUGAAGGUGAGUGGAGAGAUGGAAAAGCGAAUGGCAAAGGAACUUUCUUUCAUGUGAAUGGAGACAUUUAUGAAGGAGAGUUUAAGGAUGACAGAGCCAACGGCUAUGGAACAUACUAUCAUAAGAAUGGAUCGAAGUAUAUCGGAUCAUGGAAAGAUGACCUAAAAGAUGGUUUCGGAAGAGAGGAGUGGGAAGAUGGAUCAUACUACGAAGGGCAUUUUAAGUCAGGAUGCAAGCACGGUCAGGGCACUUACAAAUGGGGAGAUAAGAGUCUUUAUGAAGGAGUAUGGGUAAAUAAUAACAUAGAAGGUCAUGGCAAGUAUGUGUGGCCUGAUGGGCGAAUAUACGAAGGAACUUGGAAAGAGAACAAGUUACAUGGUAAAGGUGUGUAUUAGUGGCCAGAUGGCAGAAUCUAUGAUGGCUUUUAUCUUGAUGAUAAAAAGCAUGGCUAAGGCGUUUAUAAAUGGCCAGACGGUAGAAUUUACGAUGGUAACUGGACUAACGGUAAACAACAUGGUGAGGGUAAGUUCACCAACUCCAAAGGUAAAUGCAAAUCUGGUAUUUGGGAAAAUGGCGCAAGAAUAAAGUGGAAUACUACUAAGGAUAAAUCCCAGAAAGUUUAAGAUGUUAACACUACCAGUAGUAUAUUUAUUACUCCAGCGAGAUAGCAAGAAACGCCGAACAGAUACUUGAUGAGUACUGAUAAUGAAAGCUUUACCAAACCUUCCUUUGUCAGUCAAAGUAUAGCAUAGUGA